AUGGCUAUCAGAUUCACCGAUGGUUUGCUGCAGAACCAGUCUCCAUUUUUCGCAAAUGUCCCGCCUGAAAUUCAUGACAUGAUCUUGAUCAACUUGUUUGGCAAACGCCGACUCCGUAUUGAAUGGGCUCCGCAGCCGAACGGCAACGAUCGGGAGCACAAGGCAAGGAAUCGGCCGAAUGUGCUCCAAUGGACGCAUUUUCUUUGUUUCAAAGGGUCAUCUCAACAUUUUCAUGAUGACGAAGAUGAUCAACAUUGGAGAUAUUAUUUGUCGUCGGGGUUCAUUCUUACUUGCAAGCGAGCCUUUGAGCAAGGUGUAAAGAUUCUAUACCAGACAAACACUUUCGAGUUUGAAUCUAUGAAUGAAUUUAUGGAGUUUCAAAGAUAUCAGAUUGCUCCGGAUCUGAAUCAUUUACUCACACACAUCGAUACCCCAGUAUCGAUCGAAUUCAGCGAUCUGGUCUGCUAUGGAAGCGAACUCGAAAAGACGAGGAGACCACAACCCAUCGGUUUCACUAUGCUGUGCCAUACUCUGUCAAAGAUGAAGCAGGAUCUCAACCUGUGCUUUCAUGUGCACAUGAGCAACGGGGAGCCAUGGCCCAGACACACUGCUGAGAGCAAGAGACUUGCAGGCCAGGCUGUCAAAGUCGGUCUUGAGACGCUCCUUAGCAAUGGACGAGUGACUUGUGUAAUUGAUGGCUGUGGCAUGGAUGGUUUCUCGGAAAUUGUGAAGGAAAUAUGGUCGAAAAAGCUAGAGGGAGGACUGAAGCUUUACAUGUGUCCUCACAAGCCUUCAAACCGCUAUGACUCGUCUUCUGAGGGGGAACAAGAUGAUGACUCUUCAACUGAUAGCGGAUGUCUCUGUGGUGCUAUUCGGUACACCGUCAACUUUAACCAAGAGCACCCAUGGCCACCAAUUCCAUCAGCAUGCCAAUGUACCAUGUGUCGCAAGUGGACAUCUUCCUUGAUCGCCCAAUUCCUUGUCAUAUCCCCCAAGCAAAUCAAUCCAGCACUAAACACUUUUCUGUCCUUCAAAGAGUACAUGUCCUCACCAGGUCGAUUCCGUGGUUUCUGCGGUGACUGUGGCACGUCGAUCGCAUGGCGCUCAGUCGAUUACACCCCAAUAUUUGAUCUAUAUUUGGGGACACUGGAUGAGAAUUACCUGAUCGGAAAUGGCGUCGUGGCGAAGACUCUCGCAACUCCAAACGGAAUGCAGUACUGGCUGCAGAACGCCGUUCAUGGUGUUACUGAUGUGCUUGAGGGAGGGAAGAAGUACAGUGAAGAAGGUCCCGACGGUAUACGUGAGGCAGAAGAUUCGGUGACUCGCGAGGACUACGGAAAUAUCGAGGUUUUUUGCAGCACGCAAACGAGAUGUGAGGACCUGAAGUCCCCACCAUCUUCCGCACCUCUUCCUCAAAGCCGCGAGGCAUGA